GACGUCAUGUGACGUACAAGGAAGAGUGAAAACAGCACAACAAACCAGCAGGCAGCUAACCUCCGUUAAACUGGAGGUUACCAGGAGGAGCUGGACCCAGCUGCAGUUCGGCGGUUCGGUUCGGAAACGACAGGAAAGCUAAAUUAGAGGGAGACGUCUCCGGGCCGGUCCAAUGUCCUCCGGCUGUCGCCCCCAGUCCCCGGCCGUAGCGAAGACGGAGGUAGCGGUGGAGGGAGAGUGCCCCCUGCUGGCCGCCACCUUCGCCUACUGGGACAACAUCCUGGGGCCGCGCGUGCGGCACAUGUGGGCGCCGCGCGGCGAGCAGCCGAUGGCGCUGAGCGACGGCGAGGUCACCUUCCUGGCCAACCACACGCUGAACGGAGAGAUCCUGCGCAGCGCCGAGUGCGGCGCCGUGGACGUCAAGUUCUUCGUCCUGGCAGAGAAAGGUGUCAUCAUCGUGUCUUUGAUCUUUGACGGCGAGCUGAAGGGUGACAAGAACACGUGCGCCCUGUCCGUCAUCCUGCCGCAGACCGAGCUGGCCUUCUACCUGCCGCUGCACGCCGCCUGCGUGGAGCGGCUCACACACGGCAUUCGCAAGGGACGCAUCUGGAUGCAGAAGGGCUACAACAUCAUCUCAGUGCUGAGCCUGGAGAUUGCCCCCAUCAUGGAGCUGCUGGCCUCCAUGAAGUCUCACUGCGUGCCUGAGGAAAUAGACCAGAUUAGAGACACCGUGCUAAACGAUGACGACAUCGGGGACAGCUGCCAUGAGGGCUUCCUCCACAAAGCCAUCAGCUCCCAUCUGCAGACAUGCGGCUGUUCCGUCGUGGUCGGAAGCAACCCAGAGAAAGUAAACAAGAUCGUCCGGACGCUCUGCCUGUUCUUGACUCCAGCUGAGAGGAAGUGUUCCCGCCUCUGCCGGGCCAGCUCCUCCUUCAAGUACGACACGGGUCUGUUCGUCCAGGGACUCCUGAAGGACUCCACCGGCAGCUUCGUGCUGCCGUUCCGCCAGGUGCUGUAUGCGCCGUACCCGACCACGCACAUCGACGUGGACAUCAACACCGUGAAGCAGAUGCCGCCGUGCCACGAACACACCUUCAACCAGCGGCGCUACAUGCGCUCUGAGCUCAACGCGCUGUGGAAGACCGACAGCGAGGACGACAUCCCGCCGGAAACCGUGAUCUACACAGACGAAACCUUCACCCCGGACCUGAACAUCUUCCAGGAUGUCCUGCAUACCGACACGUUGGUCAGAUCCUUCAUAGACGAGGUGUUCCUGCUGAAGCCCGGCCUGGCCCUCAGGAGCGCCUACCUGGCCCAGUUCCUGCUGCUGCUGCACCGCAAGGCGCUCACGCUGCUCAAGUACAUCGAGGACGAGACGCAGAAAGGGAAGAAGCCGUUCCGGGCCCUCCGGAACCUGAAGGCGGACCUGGACCUGAAGGCCGAGGGGGACCUGAACAUUGUCAUGGCGAUGGCCGAGAAACUGAGGGCGGGGCUUCACUCCUUCGUGUUCGGGAAGCCGUUCUACACCAGCAUGCAGGAGAGAGACGUGCUCAUGAGCUUCUGACCCCACCGGGUCGAACUGGGUUCAGAACCAGAUUUAACCGGGUCGGACUGGGUGCGGAACCAGAUUUAACUGGGUCGGACCGGGUUCUGGUCCACUUUUCGGACCACUGGUCCUGACUGAAAUUGUUGACUUCCUUUGUCUCCAGGAACCAGAACUCAGUCUGAUAACUUGGAUUUAAACUGAUAUUUAUUUUAAAUGUGCUGAAGUUGUGAGACAACUGGAGCUUUUUAAUAUUUUAUAAUCAUGAAUAAUUUAAAUUAUGACGAGUUAUUAAACUCCGGCUCAACUCUGAGCCAAAAAUUUAAAGUUUAUAGAAGAUAAAUCAGCAAAUCUGCUGAGAUGUAAAGCUUCACGCUCUGUUCUGCCUUUGUCUGAUUGGCUGUCAGGGUUCUCUGCCUUUCUUUGAUUGGCUGUCGGGGUUCUCUGCCUUUCUUUGAUUGGCUGUUUUAUGUAGUUUUAU